CGAAACUAGAGAAGGAAAGGAAAAGCACGUUGAAUUUAUCGCCCUCCCAGGAGCAGCUUCCAAACUGCGGGGAAGAACGCGCUUGUAUGGAGGAAGCAAGGACUGGGCUUUGCCAGCAGCUUUCCUCCUCGCUGUGGUUUACGGCUGCCGUCUAGACUGGGCCCUGAGCUUCUGUUCAGCAGAUGCUAGGCUGUGCCAAAACAGCCCUGCCUCAACUCGCCAGCUAUGCUGACGGAGUUAAAUGGGGUGUUCUUCCCCGUCAGCCUUCUUUAUGGUGGAGGUUUUGAGUGCGUUACGUGAAUUUAGCAAAGCAGAGUAGUGGAAGAUAGCGCUCCAAACCUCGAGUGCUCGUUCAGUGCGAGGCAUGGGGCUGAUGAGCUCCACCCCACCUCGCAGGCACUGCUAGGCAUGAGGUGACAGCUGUGUGAUGGCAGCUGUGAACUUCUCCAGGCUUUAAACCUUGCUCUUGUAAGAGAUGCAGGGAUGACUUCAAAGAGGAACCUGUGCCUAUCAAGACAGAACACACUGAGCGAGUGCUGUAGAAGCCCACUUGCUCUUAUAGUUCUCCUUUUAGAGCUCCCCCAGCUGUAUGGAAGCUGCAGUGGGCUGCUACAGCUCCAGAACUCUUGUUCCUGCCUGCAGACUCUAUCACUACAAGUCUUGUAAUACCGAGGCUCUUUCCCUGCUGAUAUCGUGGCUCUUAAGACUGUUUUGAGUGUUCAGCAAAGAGAAGGGCCUUUAUCUCCCAGUUCUGCUGGUAAAGUGGAAUAAGCAGGAGUGGCUCUUGCAGCUGUAAAGCUCCAAGUGGAGCUGACUCUGGGUUGGCUGAGCAUCUUUUCCCUCCCAAUGACUAAUCCUCAAAUUAAGCCAGGCUGCUUCCAAGCUGAGAGCACUGAGCACUUGUUCUUCCAAACCAUGUUCCUGUGCAGCGGCAGAAAACAGCUGAUGAAGCUGAAUCCUAAACCCUCACAGACGUCGGUGCUCUGCUUAGGCAGGAAUGGAUACUGCUGAUGUAUCUGCAGGGAUACUUUGCCUUCCCAGCUGGUCCCUUCUGAGUGCCCUGGGAGUCGUGUGCUGAUAGCAGGAGACCCCAGGGUGUCCCUGCUUAACAGAGUGAAUGAUGGGAGCCAGUGAUAGGGGAUGAGCUGCACAGCAGCCAGCACCUGGGGACAGAGCUGGCACUCACUGAGCACUCGAAGAGACAGCCUUGUCUGGAACCACGGCACAGCUCUGGAAAUUAGUGUGUCUACUCUUUGAAACAGAACAAACUGCUCUGCUGGAACCAACAGCGUGACAUCGUGCUUUCAUUCCCUGCCUUCUAAACUGGAUAUGGAGGAAUCCAUUUGGAGUUGUUCACUGCAGAAAAUGAGGAGAAAAAGAUGGCAAUAGCCAGAAUCAGGAAAGAAAUGUGCUAUAAUUGCCUGCCACCGCCUGUGCAGAUGGGCCAACCAGGGACAGAGCAUUCAGCUCUAAUUCUCAUGGAACCACACAGCCCCACUCACUCUCCUGAGAUGCUUCUGACCCCUUCUGAGUUCAGGGUUUCCUCUGUGAAACCUCCAAGCUUUUCAUGCUAUUAGACUAAAAUAUAACACCACAUGAAACUGAUUACUUGGAGAUAUAUAUUCUGAGAAAUGAGCUCUCGUGGAGUGUCUCUGAGACCUUUUGUGCAAGGGAAACCCAGCAGCCCAUGCUUUGUUAAGGGAGGACUCCUCUUUUCUUGCAUUUGUCCAGCAACAUUUUUAAACAGAAUGAUGCACAAAAUGAAUUGUUUGAGGGCACUGUUUCUCAGAUGAGGAUUCUGAGACAACUUUUGUGUCUUGUGUAAUAAGAAGCUGCAGAGCUACUUAUUCCUUUAUGCAUCUUUCCGAUGUGGGGCUUCAUGCCAGCAUCAAAAUUCUGUCCUUUGCUGGACCAAAAGAACCAUUGGCAGCUCUGUUAAUUUCUGCAAGGCUAAGUGAUAAUUCAGGCAAAUUAGUGAAUCGAUCUCACACACUGCAGUGGCCUGAUCUCAUGGUUCCUUCUAGAAAUGAAAUUCUUCAAUCCCAAAGAUAUAUUUUUCCUAGCAAAACACCAGACAUAUGUCUGUGCCAGCAAGAAACAUGGCAGUGUGUUGAUUCUAUCCUGGUCUGUGAUUACCAGGACACGAGAAACCAGACCUUGGGUGUAGAGUUGCUUUGGGAAUGUGCAAGAGAAAGCUGAUUUUCUCUCAAGACUCAAGGUAAAAUGAAAAACUGUCCUUGGGAGAGCAGUUCCUGGGAGCUGUGACGGAGCCCUGCGGAUCGUUACCUCCCUAAGGCUCAGCCCAGCCUGGAGCUGGGUGGCUUUGCUGCAAGGAUGGAAGUGCUGCGUCGCUCCUCCGUCUUUGCUGCAGAGGUGAUGGAGGUGUUCGACAGGUCUCCCACCGACAAGGAGCUUGUGUCCCAAGCCAAGGCUCUCUGCAGGGAUUACAUCAACUCGAGGCUGAUCCGUGCAGGCGUCAGCUGGAGCAAACCUGAGCACAAUACCCCGGUGCCUGGUGGCAAACUGGCUGAGGUGUCUGCCAUCCUGCUGCGCCUGGGGGAUGAGCUGGAAUACAUUCGCCCCAACGUCUAUCGCAACAUCGCCCGCCAGCUGAACAUCUCGCUGCACUCGGAGACGGUGGUGACGGAUGCUUUCCUGGCCGUGGCUGCACAGAUCUUCACUGCAGGCAUAACAUGGGGCAAGGUGGUGUCUCUCUACGCCGUGGCAGCGGGGCUGGCAGUGGACUGUGUGCGUCAUGCACAGCCAGCCAUGGUCCACACCAUUGUGGACUGCCUGGGGGAGUUUGUCCGCAAGACCUUGGUGACGUGGCUGAAGAGGCGAGGAGGCUGGGCAGACAUCACCAAGUGCGUGGUGAGCACCGACCCCAGUCUCCGCUCACACUGGCUCGUGGCCGCCGUCUGCAGCUUUGGGCACUUCCUCAAGGCCAUCUUCUUCGUGUUGCUGCCUGAAAGAUGAGUCCCACUGCCCCGUGCCCUGUCUCCUCCCCCACUCCAGAAGCAGUGGCCGUGGGCUCUGAAGAGGAGGAAGAGAAGAACUGGUACAGACACAACUUGUUCUCCUCUCCCUUAGCUGGUGGCAGCUGAUGGACUUCAUUCUCCUUUGAUGGCCGCAGGAGCCUCUCCCACCAUUUAUGUCCCAGGAGACUUGUUUCCCAUGGGGACCAGAGGAGGAAAGAGCUACAAUUUGAAUUGGAAUGGAAAGAAGAGAGAAGGAGCAGCCCUCCCUCACUGCAUGCAAUCCCCUUUCAGUCUUCAGACUCGCCUUGUGUCACUUCCUGUUGCUGUGUUUUGCUAAGACUCCAUCUCCUCCUCGCUCCCUGGCUCUGUGUCAUUGGGCUCUCCCCACAGCACAGCGUGGCAGAGGACACCAUGCUGUGAUGGGAUUUGCAUGGGAUGAAACCAAAUGUGCCAUCAUUAGAUGCUUCCCUCUCUGACCUUCCUUGGGAAAUGCAUUUUGUGGUGUGUGUGCAGGGCAGCUGCAUGGGAUGCAGUUAGCAAGGACGCUACUCUGACCUCUUACUGAGCCCACAUGCAUCACAUCAAACAAGGGACUGAGCAACAACUCAGGUUGGAAUUUUGCAGUGAAGGCAAAGCUCAGUGUGUAGGUGGGACAGGUGAGAUAAGAGAAGUAGUAAGAGAGCUGCCUGGUUUUACGAAGGGGAAAGCUGUGUCAAAAGCAACUGUUUUAUAUUUCUCCUUUAUUGUCUUCAGGAGUACAGCCUAUAGUCCUCUUUGUAUUGUACAAUAAAAGAAAGUAGGUGUUGUUUAUUGUAAA